AUGGCUUACCGACAGCAGGGCCUCUCGCGCACUUUGCCGAAGAACUUCACUUUUCCUUCUAUGAGUGCAGGCGAGCCCAGAACGCCAGAGCGCGCCUCAAUUCAUCUAGAUGUUCCUCCGCCGCCUCCGCGUCCUGCCAGUUGCCGUGUGCGAAGGUCCCGGGUCCGCUCCGGUACCGAUGUCUUUGCGCAGGCCGAAUAUGAUCGCACUACUUUGAACCCCAACCUCCCCGAUUUCCCUCUUCCUUCGAUUGAAUUCCCCUUUUCACAUGACGCUUCCACCUCCGUACCGUGUUCCACCCUUCCCGCUAGCGACGACCGCUUCCUAGCACCUCCCCGAGACCGUGUGGCCUUGAAGACUCCGCCCGCCCAGAUCCGCGCUACCCCGAUCGACUGCCAUGAUACCGGGGCGUGGGCUUCAUGGGACCACCAGGACUUGGGGAAUACCCUCCAGCGCCCGGGCUCGGCCUGCUCCCAUGCAUCCGACUCGUCUGUCUCAUCAAUUGAAACAUUCGCCUCCCGGCGCUCGAUGGGUGGAAGUUGCACCAGCGCGGAAAGUGAUAGCCAUGAUCCAUUUUUCUACCUCGAGCUCCCCAAAAACCAGGUGCCCGAGUCGUCGCCCGUCCCUAAAUAUCCCAUCCAGAAGUCGCGGGCGCCUCGGACAAAAGAGCGGUGGACCUUGGACAUGGACAAUCACCUCUGGAACACGUACCAAUUAUACAUACAAGAUCCAAAAAUCACCCCCUUCAAGAUGACGCCGGGUAGUAUCCCGCCCCUAGGAGUUACCCAUCGAGUGGCCCGCGAGGCCAAGCGAACCUGGGAACGGAGGCGACUCAGAACUCACCGACAGUUGCCGUUUGCCAUGUCUCAGUCACAGCAAUGCCGGAGUGGCAACAGUACGCCCACUCCCAAGAGCGAGGCUGCGAAGCCUUCAUGGCCCAAGUCUGAAGCAUCGACAAGGCGACGGCUCAAAUACCUGUCGAAGCGCAAGUUUUCCAUUGCGCCGCAUUACCAGCGAAUGAUGGAAUCGCGCAGCCCGACACCUGCCUCGGAUAUGUUUGCGCAGGAGUCGCGCGAGACUUCGCGUGCCGAUGUGCCGGACAAUAGCUCUACGGUUUAUGCUACGCGCGACCUGGGCGUAUCCCUUGUUUCCAGCUCGGUUCCUGGUCCUCUGGCUCAACUCGCGGCCGAGGAACCGUCGCCGCAAACCACCAAUCCUGAAUGGUUCAACCAGCCGCUGCAGUACGGUCAACCAGAUGUCGUGGAACCCUCGCCGAAAACACGGUUUGGCCUCGAAGAGCCCGCUAUGGCCCCGCGGUUGGGAUCGCCAUUCAUGUACCACACAUGGGGCCCUGAUAGCUCAAAGCGAAGAAAUCAUCGCCAUGCCCCCAUGGGCAGGCGCGAGACUAUUCAUGUCACAGGCUCACGCUUGCGAUCGCCUCCGCGGAUGGAGCCGUUCCCUGGCGUGGGCAAGAGCGCAAACAAGACCCCAGACAGGCGGAGAUCGACCCAGCUGCCGAGCGAUCACGAUACUCCGCGUCAUCUCGAGGAACUUCUUUCCCAAGGCAAACUGAACGAUGUUGGACCCCGACGUGUCCGUAUCCGGAACCGUGGAGUCACGAUGAGCGCCGUGAAUUCGAGGGGCCUCGAUCAACUCUUCUCCCCACCUUCGUCCUCGUCGCGUAACGAAGAAACGACUCCGGUUCAGAAACCUGUGCCUAAUCCCUUGCUUAACCUGAGCGGGGAAAGCAUUAAGCGAUUGGGCUCACCGUUCAAGGUCGAAGGCAACAGGCGUUCUGGUCCCAUUGGCAGAUUCAGACAUGCCCCAUCGCUGUCUGACCCAUUUGCCAGCGGCAUGUUGCCGCACCAAAUCUCCCAGCCCCAACAUCCAGGCAUCAUGGGCGGCGGGCUUCCGUACGACCCUACAGAGCAGGGGAUAUCGGAUGCAGAACGCAUCAAAAGGCAGAUCUUGAACAUGUCUUACUCGACCCGAUCAUAA